GGAAAUUCACCAUUUGACGACCGCCCUCUAGCUUUUACUAAAUGAACUUCAGAUUUCUUUCGCGUACCUUUCCGCUGCGCGAUUAUUACUUUUAUGUGCCGAAAUUGUGCCUCGGUGCGUUGGGCUUCUGGCCGCUGGACACAUGUGAGCCUGGUGCAUGCAAUGUGUGGGCUUGGGUGAAUCUCAUCAUUUUGACCAUUGGUGUCGUUACCGAGAUGCACGCCGGCUGCUUGGCGCUGAGGACCGAUCUGGAACUCGCUUUGGACACGCUCUGCCCGGCCGGCACCUCGGCUGUGACAUUACUAAAAAUGGCCUUGAUCUAUUACUACCGCCAGGAUCUGGCGUGGGUACUGAAGCGCAUGCAAGAUUUGGUGUAUGAGCGCGAUGUGUCAAUAAAUAGCGUUAAGAAGCAUAUUGUACGCGCGCACGCCGUUAUGGCAGCACGUCUCAAUUUCAUACCGUUUGUUAUGGGCUUUAUUACGUGCACCUCGUACAAUCUGAAGCCGUUGCUAAUGACAUUGAUACUCUAUGUGCAAGGACGGGAGCCCAUGUGGAAGCUGCCAUUCAAUAUGACCAUGCCGCAAUUUCUACUGCGCGCACCCUACUUUCCGCUCACCUACAUCUUCACCGCCUACACGGGCUACAUUACGAUCUUCAUGUACGGCGGCUGCGAUGCAUUUUACUAUGAAUUCUGCUCCAACACGGCGGCGCUGCUAGAACUGCUGCAGAAUGAUUUGAAGUCCAUUCUCAGCUUUGGCGGAGACAAGUUCACCUUAACGGCGGAGGAGUCCACCGUACUGGAGUGGCGUUUGGUGCAGUUCAUAAAGCGCCACAAUGACAUUAUCGAGUUGACGCGCUUCUUUUGCAAACGCUACACCGUCAUCACGUUGGCGCACUUUGUCUCCGCAGGACUGGUGAUUGGCGCAAGCAUAUUUGACCUUAUGACGUUUACCGGAUUCGGCAUUGUCAUCUACAUUGGCUAUACCAUCGCGGUUUUGGGUCAACUAUUCAUUUACUGCUAUGGCGGCAGCAUGGUGGCUGAGAGCAGCGUUCAAUUGGCCACCGUGGCUUUCGGCUGUGAUUGGCAUGCCUGCAAUCCGCGACUGCGUCGCUAUGUGCUGAUGAUAAUUAUUCGCUCGCAACGCGCCAUCAGCAUGUCGGUGCCGUUCUUUUCGCCCUCGCUAGUCACAUUCACUUCGAUACUGCAAACAUCCGGCUCGAUUAUAGCUCUAGCCUCAUCGUUCAAAUAAAUUGAAGGCAAAAAAGUAGAAAAUCACGAAUAGUUGCAAAUAAUGAGCUUAGUCGCUUGUCUAUAACUUAUAACGAUAAUGCCGUCGCAUUAAAUUUAACACUUGUCGCACUGCAGUAGAUCAACGACGGAAAAUGUUGCGUAUACGCUGUGGCACUUUUUAUGCACUUUUUUUUAAUGAAGUGUGCAUUGGCCAACUAUUGGCAAUUAACAGCACAGAUUAAAUGUAAAUUAUAUUUGUUGAUUAUUAUUGCAUGUAAUUGCGAUUAUACAACAGUUAGUCAGCAUUAAAAAUUUACACCUGAAAAAACUCACUUUUUAUUAAAUAAAAACUGGUCGCAGAAGUUAAAUAAAUACUGCAGCAGAUAAUUAUG